UGUAACCAGUCCUGGACGGACGGUCAAUCCGGUGUCUUGUGAACCACUCGCUCGGUCAGGAUUGAUCGGUUGAAUCCGACGCGUGAGCAAAGUCGCCGGGAAGAAAACAAGACGGAGGAAAAAAGUGAACUAGCCGGUGUGCAAAUUUCGGAUUACCCUUUUCUCGCGAGAUUUCGUGAGGCAGGGCUUAAGAAGAACACAAUGUCAGCAGCCGUGAGGGAGCGAACGACGACGCACACCAGCAGAAAGAUCGUGAGUCAUGGCGGUCCUAUAUCUGGCCAGAGAGACGGAGCAGCCACGGCCAGCAGCCUCGAAAACAACUUGGACGCACUUCUCGAGGAUCUACAGACGAGUGUCUCGAGAAGUGCCACUCCUAGCCGAGACAGAACACUGUUGCCUCAAGUCGAAUAUAGGGUAGCUGCCAACCCUACUAGAGUGAUCUCCGAGGGCAGAUCCGUUUCUCCAUCUCGUUCGAGGGUGACUACUACUGAAAAAUUCGUCAGUAGUGGUCCAAUUGGUACAUCAAGCGGUAUACCGGGAUUGGAACAUUUGGACGUAGAACUGCAAAAUGUUCAACCCGGUCAAACCAAAACAGUAGCCUACAAGCAAGUAUCAUAUCACUAUAACAAGGAUUUGGACGGGAAAUCAGAUUCAUGGGGCAUAUCAGAAAGCAAACAGCCUCUCACUAGCGCGCCCUUGAUGGACGACAUUCAUGAAAGAACAUAUGAAGAGACUAAAACUGCAGUGAGUCCAUAUACAUAUCAAAGUCCAGAACCGAUUAUUAAAAAAUCAGUGGUCAAUAGAGAAUUGGUCUAUGGAGAUAGUUCAACAUCUCGUUCGAAACAGACUUCCCCUCUGCCAGGAACUCAGAGAGACGUCAAGAUCAUUCACGAAAGCAAUUAUCAAACUGAACCACGAUCAACUCAAAGUACACAAGAAUAUAAAACCAUCGAGUAUGGAGUCCCAAAUCCAUCGAUACCAAUCAAUCUGGCACCCGGUCCAAACACAAAGGUAACCACUACCAUUAAAACGUACACCUACGAACUACCGGGAGCACCGGAGACGUAUCUACCAGGUAGCAAUGCACCAGGGAAUGUCGUGCUGCCCGGUGAUCAAACGAUCACUUACACCCUACCAAGAACCACCACCACAGACAAUACAGUCACCUAUCAGACCAUGACGGAGAAUGUACCGGGACAUCCUGGUUCACCGAUCAAAUACUCACCGACUGAUAUCACUGAGAAGUCUAAAACUAUUCACAAGGAGUCGAAGUUUUAUCGCGAGGAACAACCUUCCUAUGCUUAUCGCAACGCUCCACCGACAAACAUGGAAACCAAGACCACCGUAACCGAAAAAUAUUAUCACGUUGACGGUUAUCCUAAUGGCCAUGGACCAAGUGAUCGCCCAGACUAUUCUGGGAGUACGUAUCAGAAUCAACCGCCUAUCGUAAGCGAACAUACCAGAAAUAUUAAUCGGUUCGAAGAAUACAGAUCCGGCAGAUCACCGUCCAGCGGACGUUAUCCCGAUAAACCAGACACUCCGACCAAAACGAGUUAUUAUCCACAGCAGGAUACACAGUCCGGUACAACGAUUUAUAAAUUUUCGAAUACUAUGACGACAGUACCACCAAACAAGAACGCCGAUGAUCACGAAGUCCUCCUGCCGAAACCGUUUCCAACUGGUACUCAAGUGUAUCCUACUAAGCCAAUUACCAAUGGCGAAGGACCACCGACCAAACUGGAGGAUCUCAUGGCCUCGUUCUCUGAUUCUGAGCGAGAAGUAUUGGAAGAUAUAGAAAGACAAGUUGUCCCACAUACACCACCGACAGUUAAAAGUAAGAAUGUUGCUGGACCACCAGUCUAUUAUCCUCCUGGCUCGGCUGAAUUCACCAAGAAAGAAGAAUCUAGCGCAGCUAUGUUACAGUCUAGCGGAGGAUGGCAAAAAGCCAACGAAAAAUACGAAUACGAAGCUUCUAGCAAAAGUAAAAGCAAAAGCAGCAAAGGAGGUGCUGUUGUUCCAGUUUGUCUUCCGUUAUGCUGCGCAUUGCCAUGCGUCAUUAUGUAACUUAUUAUUAUAUUAACAAAUUAAUGAAACACAUGACAUACAUACAUACACACACGGUAUACAUUUGUUAUUAUAAUAUAAUCAAAAGAAAUUAGAGGAGAAACUAAUGCAAAAAUGUGUAGUCUUAGAGCAAAGUUUUAUAAAUUUCAUAAUGUUUCCUUGCCAAUAUAAGAUUCGUUCAUUUGAAUUAUACA